CUGUCCCCCCCAGCACCUGGCUGUCCCUGGGGGUCCCUGAGGGGGUCCCGGGGGUCUCACCUGUCCCCCCCCAGCACCUGUUCGCGCUGGCGGUGGACGAGGACCCCGAGGUGCGGAAGAACGUGUGCCGGGCGCUGGUGAUGCUGCUGGAGGUGCGCAUCGACCGCCUGAUCCCGCACAUGUACAGCAUCAUCCAGUACAUGCUGCAGCGGACGCAGGACAGCGACGAGAACGUGGCGCUGGAGGCCUGCGAGUUCUGGCUGACGCUGGCCGAGCAGCCCAUCUGCAAGGACGUGCUGACGGCGCACCUGGUGCAGCUGAUCCCGAUCCUGGUGCACGGCAUGCGGUACUCGGAGAUCGACAUCAUCCUGCUCAAGGUGGGCACUGGGCUGAUCCCGAUCCUGGUGCACGGCAUGCGGUACUCGGAGAUCGACAUCAUCCUGCUCAAG